GGAGUCAUGUCGCUCUCCUCCUUUACCCUCAUCUUCAUCCUGACGGUGGUCUGUGGCAUUAAGUGCAAUGGGACAGAAGUGUGUGCUGGAAGCCCUGGCAUCCCUGGCACUCCUGGAACCCAUGGCCUGCCUGGAAGAGAUGGGAGAGACGGUGUCAAGGGAGACCCUGGACUUCCAGGCCCCAUGGGUCCUCCUGGAGGAAUGCCAGGUCUCCCUGGGCGUGACGGGCUGCCUGGAGCCCCUGGUGCACCUGGGGAGCGUGGAGACAAGGGAGAACCUGGUGAGAGGGGUCUUCCAGGGUUUCCAUCUUAUCUGGAUGAGGAGCUCCAAACCAAACUCCAUGAGCUCAGACAUCAGAUCCUGAAGGCAAUGGGAGUCCUCAGCUUACAGGGCUCCAUGCUGGCGGUAGGAGAGAAGGUCUUCUCCACCAAUGGGCAGUCAGUCAACUUUGAUGCCAUUAGAGAGACGUGUGCCAGAGCAGGUGGCAACAUUGCUACCCCCACGAGUCCAGAGGAGAACGAGGCCAUCGCGAGCUUCGUGAAGAAAUACAACACUUACGCCUAUCUGGGUGUGGUUGAGGAACAGAGCCCUGGAGACUUCCUCUACCUGGAUGGGACCCCUGUGAACUACACCAACUGGUACCCAGGGGAGCCGGCGGGCCGCGGCCGGGAGAAGUGCGUGGAGAUGUACAGCGACGGGACGUGGAAUGACAAGAAUUGUCAGCAGUACCGGCUGGCCGUCUGUGAGUUUUGA